AUGGCUCAAACAGUGAUGGUCUGGCCUCCCGCACCCGCCACAGAAGGAAUGGGGGGCGACUCCAGUGGAGACGAUGGGGACGAUGGAGUGUACCUCCAGAGCUCACCUUGUGGGAACGCCGCCGGCCCCAAGCUCAACGUCUGCGUCCGCAACAUGUUCAGGAAUUUGCAGAAAGCCACUGAAAAAGCAGCACCCAACCAAGCUGUUUAUCAUGCCUGCUGCUACUUCGGUGAGCUGCUGGACUGCGUUGACGCUUCGCUGGGCGACUGCAACAACACGGCCGAGUCCAAGGAAUUCAUCAUGGGUCGACUGGAGCACAUAUUCGGAGAAGCGUUCAGCCUGGUGAGCGGCACCUACACGCGUGGUUCGGCCAGCUGCGCCACCCUGCCCGUGCUGCCCGAGCUCGACCCAGGCGCGGCCGAACCAGUCAACAACCUGGUCGAAUACGGCAUACUCGUCAUGCAACUGUUGGGUCGACGCAACGCUGACACGCCAGUAGGAAACUGAAAUAAAGGUGUUUUCUCGUUUAGCUAAGCACGCUAAA